GGUAGGACGGCCGGACCAGAAGUGAAGAAGACAGGAGUUAAGGCGCUGACUUCAUUAUACGACAUUUUUUAUUGUUUUUAAGACAAUUUGAUGAAUCGAAAAUGUAUUGUGUUAUAGUACCGCACAUAAUGAAUGAUUAUUUUUCUUUUUUUAAGUAAAGAUGUUUCUAGAAAGAGACGCUAACGCUAACUGAAGACGAUGGAAGCCACGUGAAGGCGUCACCGGCAAAAUGGGCGUGUCUGUGUGAGCCAACAUGUCGGCCGCGAAGUCCCAGUUUCCUGUCAAAAGUUUAGCCGUUGAGCUGCACUUCUUCGACGGGCAGGAUGUUUGGACGCAACGGAGACAAGCUAGCUAGAUAUUUGAAAGACGCUUUAGCUUACGUGGUCUUUGUUUUGGCUGUGUUUGUUAAAUGCGAACAAAUCGACCCCGCCGGCUCUAUCGUCUGGGGUCCGGGACUUGAAGGCGACGUAGUUUUACCUGUCCGCUACUUCUUCAUCCAGGCCGUCGACUUUCAAGGAAUAAACUUCACUUUGUCUCCAGGAAAAGAUGCAUUUCAAGUCAGGAUAAGUUCACUGCAGAAGAAGGAGCACAUCCGCAUCCACGUCCCUCCACCUCUGGACAGAGGAGACGGGUCUUUUCUGGUGCGGUACCGCCUCUACAACACAGCCCACACGGGACUCAAAGUGGACGUCUUCCACCGUGACGCCGCUGUCGCCAAGUCGCCGUACAUCAUCCCAGGUCCCGUCUAUGACGAGUACUGCGAGUGUCCCCAAGCAGACGCCUCGGCCUGGCAGAGUGUCAUGCGGUGUCCCCUCCAUGAGCCUCAGAUUGUGGCCGACUUUGAGUCUUUCCCCACCAUCGACCUGCAGCAUCUCAGGGAGGAAGUGCCGCAGCGCUUUGCCAAGCGAGGAGGAAUCAUUCACUACGCCAUCAUCAACAAUCAGGUGUUCCGCCGCAGCCUGGGAAAGUACACCGACUUCAAGAUGUUCUCCGAUGAAAUACUGCUGUCCCUGACGAGGAAGGUGAGAGUCCCCGAUGUGGAGUUCUACCUCAACGUGGGCGACUGGCCUCUAGAGACCAGGUCGGCUGAUUCCAGUCCUGUUCCGGUCCUGUCCUGGUGCGGUUCCACGGACACACGAGACAUCGUACUCCCCACCUAUGACGUUACACAUUCCACCCUGGAGACCAUGAGGGGUGUCACCAAUGACCUGCUCUCCAUUCAAGGCCACACAGGUCCCCCGUGGGAAAACAAAACAGACCAGGCCUUCUUCCGUGGCCGGGACAGCAGAGAGGAGCGUCUCCACUUGGUGUCUCUGUCCAAGAAACACCCCGAGCUCGUGGAUGCAGGAAUCACCGGCUGGUUCUUUUUCCGAGACCGAGAGAAAGAUGUCGGCAAAGCAGCGCUGGUGGGAUUCUUUGACUUCUUCAAGUACAAGUACCAGGUCAACAUGGACGGUACGGUGGCGGCGUAUCGUUUUCCGUACCUCAUGCUCGGCAGCAGCUUGGUUCUGAAGCAGGACUCGCACUACUACGAACAUUUCUACCGCCGUCUCCAAGCCGGCACCCACUACAUCCCCUUCCACAGGAACUUGUCCGACCUGCUGGAAAAAAUCCAGUGGGCCAAAGAGAACCAAGCUGAGGCCAGGAAGAUCGCCGGCGCGGGUCAGGCCGCCGCCCGCCAGCUCCUGCAGCCCGGAAAGCUGUACUGCUACUACUACCAAGUACUGCUCAUGUACUCCGAGCGCCAGGCGGGACAGCCACUCCGCCAUGCUGACAUGGAGGCGGUGCUUGAGGCCGACCAGCACACAAAUACGUGCACGUGUCAACGUGACAAAAACACUGGCAAAGAUGAACUAUGACCAAGCGUAAUCGGUCUUCAGUAUUAGUCAGUCUUGCAUCAAGAUUCACAAUAAAAAUGGUAAUCGGCCUUCCAUCGAUAUUAACGACAGACGUAGUAAUCGGCCUGCCAUCGAUAUCAACCAUAGGCGUAGUACUCGGCCUUCCAUCGAUAUUAACGACAGACGUAGUAACCGGCCUUCCAUCGAUAUUAACGACAGACGUAGUAACCGGCCUUCGAUCGAUAUUAACGACAGACGUAGUAACCGGCCUUCGAUCGAUAUUAACAACAGACGUAGUAACCGGCCUUCCAUCGAUAUUAACGACAGACAUAGUCAUCGGCCUUCCAUCGAUAUUAACGAAAGACGUAGUAAUCGGCCUUCCAUCGAUAUUAACCAUGGACGUAGUAAUCGGCCUUCCAUCAAUAUUAACAACAGACCUAGUAAUCGGCCUUCCAUCAAUAUUAACGACAGACGAAGUAACCGGCCUUCCAUCGAUAUUAACGACAGACGUAGUAAUCGGCCUUCCGUCGAUAUUAACCAUGGACAUAGUAACCGGCCUUCCAUCGAUAUUAACGACAGACGUAGUAAUCGGCCUUCCAUCGAUAUUAACAACAGACGUAGUAAUUGGCCUUCCAUCGAUGUUAGCGACCGACGUAGUAAUCGGCCUUCCAUCAAUAUUAACCAUGGACGAAGUAACCGGCCUUCCAUCGAUAUUAACGACACACGUAGUAAUCGGCCUUCGGUCGAUAUUAACCAUGGACGUAGUAAUCGGCCUUCCAGCGAUAUUAACAACAGAUGUAGUAAUCGGCUUUCCAUCGAUAUUAACCAUGGACGUAGUAAUCGGCCUUCCAUCGAUAUUAACCAUGGACGUAGUAAUCGGCUUUCCAUUGAUAUUAACCACGGACGUAGUAAUCGGCCUUCUAUCGAUAUUAACGACAGACGUAGUAACCGGCCUUCCAUCGAUAUUAACGACGGAUGUAGUAAUCGGCUUUCCAUCGAUAUUAACAAUGGACGUAGUCAUCGGCCUUCCAUCGAUAUUAACCAUGGAUGUAGUAAUUGGCCUUCCAUCGAUAUUAACGACAGAGGUAGUAAUCGGCCUUCCAUCGAUGUUAACGACAGAUGUAGUAAACUGUCUUCCAUCUAUGUUAGCGACAGACGUAGUAACCGGCCUUCCAUCGAUAUUAACGACAGACGUAGUAAUCGGCCUUCCAUCGAUAUUAACCAUAGACGUAGUAACCGGUCUUCCAUCGAUAUUAACCAUGGACGUAGUAACCGGCCUUCCAUCGAUAUUAACAACAGAUGUAGUAAUCGGCCUUCCAUUGAUAUUAAUGACGGACGUAGUAAUCAGCCUUCAAUUGAUAUUAACCAUAGACGUAGUAACCGGUCUUCCAUCGAUAUAAGCGACAGACGUAGUAAUCGGCCUUCCAUCGAUGAAAUUCCAUCCAAAUGUGGCGUGGCAUUCCAUUUGGCAGACAUUGUUUAUAGCACGCUAACUGUUAGCAUCCUUCUUAUAUGCCGCUUGUCCUCACUUGGGUCGAGGGUAUGCUGGAGCCUAUCCUAGCCGCCGACUUCAGUACACCCAGGGCUGGUGGAUGAAAAUAUAUGAACACGCUAGCAAUGCCAACACACCAACUAUUAGCUUGUUAGCACCGAGCACAAUUAGUUGAACACACAACAAAUGGUGGGAUGGCUCACCGAACACUGGCGUGUAAAGCUAACUGCUAACUGUUAGCAUACGUGCGCCUGGCAGGACAACACUAUUAAAGUUCAUCCUUUUCUAUACCGCUUGUUCUCACUUGGUUGAGGGUAUGCUGGAGCCUAUCACAGCCGACUUUGGUACACCCUGGACUGGUGGAUGAAAAUAUAUAAACACGCUAGCAAUGCUAACACGCCUAAUAUUAGCUUGUUAGCACCUAGCAUAAUUAGUUGAGGGGCUCACCAAACACUGGUGUGUGACGCUAACUGUUAACUGUGCACCUAGCGGUGCAAUACUAAGUAUCUGUAUGUUAUUUUAUUAUUUGUUAUUUAAUUUCUUAUUUGUUAUGAUGUUGCUCACCAUAUUUAUGUAAAAAUAAGCUAAAUUUUCGGUUAUUGAGGUGAGAAACAACCGAAUUCACGAAGGAAGUCACGGCAGUCCCAAACCUAGCUAGCAUCUUUUGGAUCAAGAAUCACGUCUUCAAUCAAGGUUCAACUGGGAACCGGGGGGAACCACCAGCCUCAGCGGGGAAGCGCUCUCUUUCUCCGGCUACUUCGUCCAGCUCCUCCCUGGUGGAUCCUCCGAAUGUUCCAGAAGGAAACUCAUUACAGCCGCUUGGACCCGGUUUCUACCCAAAGAUCAAUACCGAAGGUCAUGCGGGGUGGCCGACAGGAGGGUUUGACCACUGGUGAGCCAAUGGCCAGCAGGGACAACGUACUGGCCCAGUCCGAUAUCUUCAAGCCAAACACACGUCUGCUCUGCAGUCCACUUGCAAAAAGGGACCUCCAAGUCGCUGAACAAUGAAUAAGCCACAUCAACAGGCUUUAUCAUACUGUAUGCGUACUGUACUGUACGUCUACCGCAGGUGAGGGCGCUCACUUUGGGCCCAGAGCCCGUUUGGCAUAUAUUGACACGCAUCCUUCAUAUGCAAAAUGAAUCAAAAUGGCCUCCAGCCUUGCAUUCCUGAUGUAGGAAAAGGUCAGUGUUUUGUACCGCAUGUUCAGUGAAGGCGCCAGUCUUGGUCCAGCCGUGGCUCUGAUGCCUCCCCGCUUGAAGUCCCUAAGCUCAGGGUCCUGUACCUGGACCGGGCUACCCGACUGACUGCGUCGGAUGCUGCCAACGAGCCAAAGACAAUCAGGACAUGGAGAAGACGACUCCUGACCAGAUGACAGGGGGGACUGGUCCGACAGGUCCGACGGAUCCGCCGUCUCCUCUGAACAUCCUACGAGACGGGAAAACGUUUGGUUGAGCACCGUCCACGCCCACCGGCACCUUAAAGGAAGCAGGUUGCCUUGCCUUCAGGAACAUGAAGAUGAGCGGUUGAACCUUCUGUAAAGAUCUGCUCUGCAGCUCCUCCAGACUGCUGGACUGCAACCUGCGUUGAUGCCUGUGGAGCAAACCAUCUCGUGAGGACGGGCCAACAAACCUUGGAACAGAGGAUCUGCAGGAUUCCAGGUCUCUCCUGAAAGGCGAUGAGGACAACGGAAGCGGAGAAGAUCCUCUGGAUGACGUCUGCAAGCAAGUACAAGUACUUUCAGAAAGAAGUUAUACUUCGGCAGGGGGCAGCAAACAGUCAAGAAGAAUAAGUCAAAGAAAAAUUCCCACAGUCAAACGGAUGACGUCAUCACGUACCUCUCUCUGCGUUCUCAUUGGCCGAGCUGGACACGAGUUGCGUCUGCAGGCGUUCAAUCUCGGCAUCUUUGGAGGCCAGGAUGUGUUGCAUUUGGGACAUUUCAGCCUGUGGAAGGAAGCAGGAAGCAGGAAAUAGGAAGCACCGUCUGGUGUAGCGUUGCUAAUGCUAACACUUCAAUUAGCUAACCCUAACCCAAAUUUAUUAUCAACUCCUAUACCAACUAUUUUAGAAAAUGGGGUUCAUUUGGGGCGUGUGACCAACCACCAUCUGGAAUAGGUGCAGAUGGUGGAAGAUCUAGAACGUCUGCUGUGCAGGUUAUUGUGUGUCGCUGCUCUAUAGGAGUCCACUAGUCAAUACAACGGGUGGGAAAUCAGCAUAAUGGAUCCCCUUUAAGAUAAAUAUUAUAAUAUAAUAUUUAAAAAAAAUAUUCGUCUUCACAAGCGAAGGAAAAUGGACAGAGUCCAUUUUGUUUCUUAUAGUUUUGAAGACUGGA